AGUAUAUGAUUGAAGACACGUGCAGUAUGGAGUUAACCUUGUGUAGCCAUUGUGAGUAAAGAAAAAGAAAGAAAUAUACUUUAAUAUACUUGGAAAUCUUUUAUAUAUUACUGGAAAACGUAAAAAAAAUACGGGAAAAAUGGGGAAGUCGGGAGUCCGGUUAAAUAGUCGGAAAAAAGCAAAACGGUGGCCGAAGGGCCAAAGCGCGAGUUCCAAUCCACAAACUGUAAAACAUAGGGAACAAGCAUCUAGGAUGUUUUUUAAAGACCCCACAGCCACAGAAAAGCCUGGUAUAACAAAAGAAGAUUUGCAAAAACACGAUGCUAUUCAAGGAGUGAAAUCACCGGCGGAAACAUCUGAAAAUGAUAAUAAUUCUUGGGAAACUUGUACAGAAGAUACUGCUAAUACAUUUGCUACUAAAUACAGUAAUUGUUCAAAUGUAUCAUUUAGUAGGUUUUUAAAUCAUUUUCAAUCAAAUUCAUUGUUACAUAAGGAAAUGUUAGCUGUAUUGUCUGCCGUGACAGAAAUUAUAAAACAAAAUGGUGGUAAUGAAACUAGCACAGAAUAUUUUGCUGCAAUGAUGAGCACUUUAGAAGCAAUUGAAUCAAACAUGUCUAUUGCAGCUACGCUAUCAUUAUUGGGCAUGGGUUUGAAAACUGUACCAAAAAAUGUUUUAAAUAUCCAAUUUGGAGCUGCAAGUAAAAUUUUUCUAGAUAUCCUUAUCAAAUAUGUAUCUUCGGAAGAGUACCUAAUACUUCGACAUUGUAUUCAUUGUUUGUCAGUGCUACUUCGUGCACAAGAAGCAGCAGCAUGGUGUGAUUCAUCUACAAUGCAAAUAUUGGAUGUUAUUUUGUCAUUUAUUAUACACCAUAAACCAAAAUUGAGAAAAUCAGCACAACAUGGAAUUAUUGCCAUAUUAAAUGGAAGUGAUAUUAUGAAAAGUGAGAAUCCACCACCGUAUCAUCCGGCUACACCAUAUAUUGCAAAAUUCUGUAUUGGUCUACUACAACCUAAUUCCGAAUCCAAUGGAAUUACAAAUGUUCUUCAUAUUCUUACAUUAUUGAAAGAUAUUUUCCAUCAUUUACCAAAAGUUCACGUGAAGACUAUCAGUGAAUCUUUGUUGAAACUUAUGACUAUGAAAAAUGUAUUAAUAACUUCAUGCUGUCUACAAACAUUUCAUGGUUUGUUCGUUUCUCGACCAUCGGAAGCUAUUCUACCAGCGCAAAGAAAUGGACAAAUGAUUAGUGCUCUUUAUGUUUACCAACCUCCAGCAACUGAUGUUCAACCAACUUUAGCAUGGUUGAUUGUUAUGCAAGAAGCACAUUUGAAUAUAGCUCACAAUUCAUUAAAUUUAUGUGCGGUUCUUUUACCAAGAAUGUUUGAGACAUGUAUAAAAUAUUGGCUUUCGGAUAAAUCGGAAAUUAUAUCUGGCACCUCGCACACGAUAAAAAUUUUAUUACAGGAGUGUGUUGGUAAAUUAUGUGAAACUGAACAAACAAUAAAAACAUAUAAAGACGCUAUUGGUCAGAUAACUUUAAUAAUGCGUGAAGCUUUGCAUUAUCGAUAUUUGGAAGCUUGGUAUUAUAUUUUUCAUUUAAUAGCUCUACUCUUUGAGAUAAUUGGUAAAACGAAAAAUCCGCAAUUAAUAGAGAUAAUAAAAAGUCUGGCUGUUUUACGUGAUUCUUAUAAUUUUACAUCAAAGAAUGAUGCUGAACACGCUAUCGGAGCUGCGAUAAAGGUUCUUGGACCAGAGACGAUACUAAAUAUUAUUCCAUUGAAAACAUCGAACAAUACGAUUAAUUUAAAAAGGAGUUGGUUACUACCAUUAUUGAAGAACUGUGUAUUAGGUGGAUCACUUACUUUUUUCAUGCAAACAUUAUUACCUAUCGCAACAUUGUGCGAAAAAAAAUCACUCGAACCCGUAGGAGGAAAAACUUACGAAUUUCUCGUUUGCCAAAUCUGGGCUAUUUUACCAAGUAUAUGCAACAAUGCUACUGAUGUAAAAGAUAAUUUUAAGAACAUAGCUAGAUUAUUGGGAACAAAAUUCAGUGACAAAAGUUUGAGAAUGUCGAUACUGCAUGCUUUACGAAGAUUAGUAACAAGAGCAGUCGAAAAUAAUAAAGAAGAAGACAUACGUGAAUUAGCUAGAUUUGCAAAGAAUUAUCUACCAUUGUUCUUAAGUUUGUAUACUACUAAGCCAAACGGAACUGAUGAAGAAGGGCAACGUUCCUCUACAUACAAUACAAUAAAGAUAUAUCUCACAAUUGCAAAUAAAGAAUUAGUACAUGAAUUAUUCGAUCGUGCAUUGUCUAGAUUAACAGAACCUGAUGUUGAUGAUUUUUUGAAUGAAAGUAUUCACGACAUAAUAAGAUUACUUAUUGAACAUACUGACAUCGAUAAAAUAAAAGAAUAUUACGAUAUAUCUGUAUCGUGUCUUAAAGAAAAUUCUAAACUCAAGGAACAGAAAAAAAUAUACAGAUUUUUGGAAGAAAUAUGUGGUAGUGAAAAAGAAACAUGUAAAGCGUUUGUAGCUCAAUAUAGACGCGAGAUACAAAAACUAUUAAUAUCCUCGGCCACUGAAGUCGCAAAACCAAGCAGAGGAUCACGAUUAAGGUGUUUAAUUCAUCUAGUCAAAAUUCAUCCACAACUUGAGAAAACAAAAUUCUUACAAGCUAUUGUUCCUGAAGCAGUAAUUUACUUAAAAGAUUUAAAUGCACAUUGUCGAAAGUCUGCAUAUGAAUUGUUAAAUACUAUUGCCGAAAAAUUUUUGGAACAUCCUACACAUCUUAAAAAUUAUAUCAAUAUGUUGAUGGUUGGUUUGAGUGGUGGAGAACAAAGUAUACAGAAAUACUGUAUUGCAUCUUUACUCGCACUUUCCUCUAUCACUUAUUACUACAACGGAUCUCUAGGUAUGGACACUGUUAAAGAAAUCUUAGAACAUGCGUGUGUUUUCGUUACAAGUUCGACGAGGGAGAUCACGGAAGCUGCAUUAGCAUACAUUAAAGUUUACAUUACUGUGAUGUCAUAUCAUAUUGUUGCUCCGAAUUUAAAAAUAUUGAUAGACGCUUUAUGUGCAAUGAACAAUGAUUGCCAGAGGCAUUUUAGACAGAAAGUACGAGAUAUUCUUGUAAAGUUGACAAGAAAGUAUGGAAUGGAAACAAUUUCUAGCAUGAUUCCAGCUUCUAAUGUGAUGUUGCAUAAAAGAUUGAAAAAUAUGAAUAAAAUAGAAAUGAAGAAAAAGAAUAAGAGAGAACUGAAAAAACUGGAAAAAGAAGAAAAUGAGGAUGAUAUUGAAUUUGAUGCAAAGAGAAGACCUAAGAGUUUGGAAGAAAUAUUGGCGGAUAGUGAUGACGAAUUUGAAGAAAAUCUGGAGAAUAAAAAACCGACGAAAAAGAAAAGAACAUCGCGAAAAGAAGCGUGGAUACAGGAAAAUGAAGAAAUCAUUGAUCUUAUUGAUCCUGCGGCAGCUCGAAAUAUAUCAACGACGCAACCUGGAGCUACUAUAAAUUCCAAAACGGUAGCUGCGAAACGAAAAGAUCGUGAAUUCAAGACUACUCCGGAUGGCCGUUUUAUUAUUACAUUAGAUAAUGAAAAAGAUGAUGAACCAAAACCUAAGAGGAGGAAAAAGUCUAAACUUUUGUUGCACAGUGAUUCAGAAGACGAUUAUGAAGAUGAUGAUAUUCAGUCAGUAGCUACAUCACAAGAAAUGAGUAGGAAACGUAAAUAUAGUGACAAUUAUGAUAACCUUAGUGUAAAAAGUGCAUUAACAACGAAGUAUGAAGCGGGAGGAUCUGGAAUACAUCGAUCAUUGAAAAAAGCGAAAACAGAACGCAUACCAGGAGCAGAGUAUAAAGCAUCAAAGGCUGGAGGUGACGUUAAAAAGAAAGGGAAGCCAGAUCCGUAUGCAUACGUACCUCUAACACGAGCAGCAUUAAACAAAAGGAAAAACAAAAAGAAUGCGAGUAAACUUCACAACAUUCACAAAUCACAAGGAGCGAAAAAGGAUGCAAACAAGAUCGGACACAAGAAAAGCAAAAAUUAAAAUAUAGUAUAAUGUAAAAUAUUGCGAAAUCAUGUUAUGUGAGUCAUAAAAAUUGUAAUUAAUUUUUUUUAUUAAAAAUAGACAAAUAUAUAGAAAAUUUGACGUAUAAACGAAAUCAUAUUUUAUAUUUUUAAUUAUUCAUU